UAAUUAAAAGUCACAUGACGAACUGUCGCUCGCGGUGGACUGCGGAGUUUGCGCAAAGCGAAGCAAGCGGGAGCCUUUUCACGUGACCUGACAAAGUCCGCGUGCCAACCCCCAACUCCGCACGCGGGGCUGCUCCUCUCACGCUCGUCUCGUUUUAAGGGCUUUGAGGGUCCGGCAAUGCUCGCGCCAGACGUGGCCUGACCCGUGCGCCAUGGAGGAAGACUCGGACACGAGACCGAUCGUGUCCGUCGCCGCCGCCGCCGCGCGCCGCCGCUGCAGAGCCCCGCCGUUCUCGUGCGCGUGUCCGGUUACCGUGGAGCCCGUGCUCUUCCUGUGCACGUUCGCGUUGGCCCUGCAGGGGCCCCUCGCCACGCAGUACCUGUGGGAGCGGCUCCGCGAGGACCUGCGCUACAACGGGACCAAAGGAGGAGGAUGUGGCAACCCGGCCGGGCCCGCCGACCCGCUGCAGAAGGAGGUGGAGAUUCUCACGGCCCACUGGAACCUGUACAUCGGUUUGGGAGGUUUCCUGGUGGGCCUCUUUGUCGUGAUCCUCCUCGGCUCCUGGAGCGACCGAGCGGGUCGCCGCGUGGUCCUCAUCCUGCCUAGUCUGGGCCUGGCCGUCCAGGCUGCGGUGUACCUGACCGUUAUGUACCUGAAGCUUCCUGUGGCCUGGUUCCUUGUGGGGAGGAUCUGUAGCGGCCUGACCGGGGACUUCAAUGCCAUCCUGGCAGGCUGCUUCGCCUACGUGGCAGACACCAGCAACACGGGCUCCCGGACCUUCCGCGUGGCCGUACUGGAAGCGUGCAUUGGUCUUGCCGGCAUGUUCGCCAGCAUUAUCGGGGGCGAGUGGCAGCGAACACAAGGGUACAUCAACCCUUUCUGGCUUGUGCUGGCCACCAAUCUGGCCGCAGCCCUGUACGCGUACCUGUUCGUCCCCGAAUCGAUGACUCCUCAGCCUGAGGCGAAGCUCUUCUCCUGCCAGCACCACCGAGCUGUCUACACCCUCUUCACCUCCGGGGGUCAGGGGACCCAGAGGACCGCCCUGUGGCUCUACACGCUCUGCUUCUUCCUGGUGGUCACCGUGCACUUUGGAUCACGUGAUCUGUACGUGCUGUACGAGCUCAGCUCCCCUCUGUGCUGGACCUCGCAGCUGAUUGGUUAUGGCUCCGCCGCCCAGCACCUAUCGUACCUGAGCAGUCUCCUGGGCUUGAGGGUACUGCAGCGAUGUCUGGAGGACUCCUGGGUGGCCAUGGUGGCUCUGGUCUCCAACAUUGCCAGCCUGGUGAUGUUUUCACUGGCGAACACUACGGCACUUGUGUUCGCGGGAUACGGCCUUGGCUUCCUGCUCAUGGCGUCCACCCCUGUCCUCAGGUCCAAACUAUCCAAACUAGUCGACCCGUCAGAGCAAGGCGCUCUCUUCGCGUCCGUGGCGUGUGUGGAGGGCCUCUGCUCGCUGGUGGCCAGCGGGGUGUUUAACUCACUCUACCCUGCCACCUUACAUGUGAUGAAGGGCUUCCCCUUUCUCUUUGGUGCCAUCCUCCUCCUCAUCCCUGCCGGAAUCAUCGGUGGUUUGGGCUGCAAAGAGCAGCAGGCGAGGACCAGAGGAACCGUGGUGAACUGAUUACUGCCACACACACACACACACACACACACACACACACACACACGGCAGGCUGUUUGUGUAGCAAUAACACAGCUGACACUGGUGGGCAGUGAAGGAGUUGUACUGCUGCUGGCCAUUUGAAAAUCAACCACCCAGAGUUACCCGUGGAUACCUUGAUUACCAUGGUUACCAUGACAUAAAGGUGCCUAGGAGUGGUUGUAGUAAUUGCUUUUAAUUUUCAUUUUGAUAUUCAAAUAACUUUUACAAAUACAAUGUAGGUCUUGACAUAUAUAUACAUACAUACUAGUGAGUACCAGUGUUAUAGAUAAAUCAUGGGAUAAAAGCAAAUGAUAAUUGCACUGUUUCAGAUAUCCUACUCCGUCUGAGCCAACAAGUUCUGCAGUCAGUGCAGGUAUCAUUUCCAGUACCUGUGUACAGUUAUUCUGUUAAACUCAGGUUACGGUAAAAGCACCUUCCCAUGCCCUCUCC